UCGUUGUUCAUCGUUUCAAUACAGUAACACAUAUUUGAAGAAUGGCUGAACAAGAUUCUCCUGAACCACCAGAAUUUAUCCAGUUUCUAUUCUCAGAUAAACCAAAGUUUGAUUGUUUCUUCAUUGUUGGAGAAGAGAGUUUGGUCAAACCUGAGAGGAUUGGAGCAGUGAAGCUAAUGUUGAUGGCUCACAGUCCAGUGUUCAGGUUAGAACUGGAGGAUAGUGGUCUGAGAGAGAAGAAUGAUGUUCCCUUAAAAGACAUAUGUACCCGGACACCUUCAGAAACGUGCUCAAGUAUGUUUACGGGUACAACAACAUUGGAGAUUUGGAAUUUGAUGAGGCAGAUAACAUGUUCUAUGUUGCCGAAAAGUAUAUGAUGCCCAGACUAAAGAACAAGUUGGCUCUGAGAUUGAUAGCACUUCUGACACCAGAAAAUGUCUGUUCACUGUUGAACAACCCAGCUUGUCGAGGAGAAAUCCAGCUUAACUCUCACAUCACAAAGAUCCUGCGAUAUGAAACGGACAAAGUGCUGGCUAGUCCACAGUUCUUGGAGGUCUGUGCAGAAGGAUUCAUCACAGUGUUGGAGCAGGAUGGACUUGCAGUCGCAGAGAUUGAGUUGUGGAGAGCUGCUGUAAAGUGGGCCAAACACAAAGUUAACUGUGAAGAUGGGCAAUUAUUGAGACAGCAGCUUUCUGGAAUCUCAGAGCACUUGAGGAUUUGUACUUUGAAUACUGAGCAGUUCUGGAAAGAAGUGGCUCCUACAAAAAUACUAAACAACAAAGAACUGCUACUUGUGGCACAAUCUAUUGGGAAGAAAGAAAAGAUAGAAGAAACAAUCAUGUUCAAUAACAACUUGGAACCGAGGAAAAGACUGCUGAAGGAUAUAACACUAUGCAAACGAUCUAAGUCUACUUCUUGUGUACAGGAACUCAAACUGACCCACCAUAUUUUGGAAAAAGGUUUAGAAAAGCGUUUAUGGUUUGUCAUUAUCACCAAACAAUCUGCUGUAGAGCUGUUGCCGUUGGUUUGUUUAGGACAGAACAAAGACAAACUGUAUCCUCAAGGUUGGACACAUCCUGUCAAUGCAGAUGUCAAAAUAAUAAAGGUUACAGGUCCAUUCGGUGAUAAUGAGUCUAUUGCUGAGUUCACUAUCCAAGAGGAAGUAGAGUUUGGACAAACUUUUGAGGUUCCAUUCACUGUUGAUGGGUACAAUGUGGUUUUGCUACCACACAGUAAGUAUCGCAUUCUUAUACAGUUUGAUCAAGAUCUUCCAUUAACGAACUUUGCAAAUAAAACCUUUGAGAAUGUACAUUUGGUCCUGUCCUCUGAACUAGGCAUCACUUUUUGGUUCCCUCAAGGACAAAACCUGCGCUAUAGAUUGGAAGAAAUUGAGGAUGACAAUGUUCUCGGUGAUGAGCUACAAGUAGUCAUAUAGCUGGUAUCAGCUAUGAGCAGUCAUCUCUUGCAUACAACAUCCCAUUGACAUUUUGUUGUACAAUGGUAAAAUGUAAUUAAAUGA